AUGUCGAAUGGAUCGAAAGUUGGCGUAGCCCCAUUUGCAAUGGAAUUGGGGCCGAUCGGCGAUAAAGUCGACGACGUGGGAGGGCGGAGGAUACGACGCGCACAUAACAUUCGGACAGCCUUCGUUUUCCGUGGAAGACGAUUCAUUCCUGAUUGUAUGCUCUCCAUCGGACUGGUUGCGGUUCUCAUCGCCGGCGUUGGCGCGCAGCUCGAUGCCUUCGCGUUGCCAUCGGCUCAACGGUACGCCAACAAGCCAACAGUGCCGCCGGAGUUCUCCAAGUAUUUCGAGCUUGACGGGCACGCUCGCGAGCUCGUCGACUCGCUCCUCGGCCCACGUCCCGGAGGUCUUUUCCCGGAAAAGACAUUCGAGAUUGGAGCUCCAGAAGCACCAACUGGUGGAAACCAGCCAACACAUGUUGUCUCGAAGCUUGAAAGAACACUCGAAUCGUUCUUCACAGCUCCAGAAAGCCCACAAGGACAAGGACUUCCUCCAGGAUUCGGCUCCGGAUUUGGAUUGUUCAACAAUAACAAGGCCUUGACUUCCUAUGGCGACAUUCGUAGAUCUCCAGAAUCAAAGAAGACUGCUGCAAAGGAAGAAGAUGAGGUUGAAGGAUCCGGAGAAAAGAGUUCCAUCAAGGGAAUUCCAAAGAUUUUCCCCAAGCUUCCAAAGGCGCCAAUCAACGAACCAGACCCGAACAUUUACAAGAAGCCGGCAUUGACAGCGAGCAAGACCGAUGUUGAUUCGAUUCCGACAAUUCAGAGCGCGCCAACAGUUCCAGAGGGAGGAUUCCUUCCAUCGGAAAUUCGUCGCGCACCAUCAUCCGUCUCUGAAGUAUCGCAUUCAAUCGAUGCAAAAUCUGACGCAUUGGAAACCGAAGAGUACGGCGGACUCUCUGACGAAUCAUCUAGUUCAUCUGGCGGACUUAUCGGCACCAUCUUCAACCUUCUCAGCCUUGGAGCUAAAAAGGCUAAAGAGGGUGGGAAAGGCGCGGCCGACGGCAAACCAGUCAUCGAGGACAAGAACGCAAUUGGCAAGGCUGUCUCUGGCCUCCUCGGAGGCGAGAACAGCCCGCUCCCGGGCAAGAAUAUUCUAUCCAACAUGCUCUACAAAACCCUCACCAGUGGCUCAAUUGAUAGCAAUGACACUAUGCCGCUUACUGAGAGAAAAGGAAAUGAGUCGAUUGUUCUAACACCGGCGCAAUCCGCAGCGAUCAGCGAGAAUUUGGAGAUGAUCCAGAAUCUCAUCAUUCAGCCAUCAUCGCCAUUGUGCACUUCCAAGCCGGAGCCAGUGGAAUUCGAUUUGGACUCGUUCAUGGGACAAUGGUACCAGGUUGUAUACAGUCCACCUGUCGCCACUGGACCGUGCAGCAUGGUUGCCUAUAAAAAACUCAAUGAUGUUGGAAAUGGGGUCGGAUCAAUUUUCGAAGUAUUCGAAUACACUACGGAUGGCACCCCAUAUGGAAAACCAACAAUCUCCUCUGGAUACUCAAUCAUCAAGAGCCCAGGAGAGCUCAUUUUCCGCACCACUGCUAACCAAGACGAUGUCACCGUUCACGUCCUUCACGUUGGUCCAAAAAAUAGCAACAACCAAUAUGAAUAUGCAAUUAUGUCAACCAAUUGCAACUUCCCACUGUACGUGUUCGCGCGUGACGCCACUGUCUACAAGCAGAAGUACGAGAGCAUCGUUACUGAAUAUCUUGAGAAGAAGGGAUUGGUCAACGGCUUCUCCCGACUCUUGAAUAUUGUCUCCCCGGUCGACAACUCCAUGUGCGUCUUCCCACCAUCCCUGUUCAACAUCCAGGGCUAA